AUCUCCAUCCUAUUGGGCCUAGCACCGGGUCGAGCGAGCCUAGCGUGGGAAGGAUCAAGCUUCGCAUUCGCAGGGAAGGAUCGGAGCCGCCGCGGGAUGUGGCCGCCGCUGCCGUGUCGCUGCUGCUACUGCGGGGAUCCGAUGAUUUCCCUCCCCUUCGGCUACUGCGGAGAUCCGAUGGUUUCCCUCCCCUUCUGCUACCUCGGCGGCGAACACGGAGGAGCGGAGGCGGUGGAGGAGGAGCGAGGCACGGCGUACCCUCCGUGGACGUCUGAGCUCCUCGCCGCCGACUUCUACAAGACAUGCGCCAGGGACCGCGUCUGCCACACCUGCGCCGGCGCCGCCUUCUGCGCGCACUGCUGCGGGGAGCACCACCGGGGCCACGCCACCGCCGCGGCCGACGACGACGCCGCCGCGGGCCACCGGAGGGACUCGUUCUGCACCGGCUGCCGCGUGGACUUCUGCUUCGAGCUGUGCGCGCACCACGAGGGCCACGAGGUCAUCCCCGUCGACGAGUACGAUGGCUGGCGCUGCCUUCGGUGCACCGGGUUCGAGCGCUGGUUCCACGCCUUCCACGGCGUCCAGACUUUCCAGGACGAGCAUGGCAACCUGCUGGUGCCCCUGCAGCCGAGGCCGAGGCCGGCCGUGGCACCAGAGAGGCCGGGCCCUGCCCCCAAGUACGGCGUGAAGGCGGAGGGCAGCGAAGAGUGCCCUCCGUGGCUGUCCGAGCUCGUCGCCUCGGACUUCUCCAAGACGUGCGCCAGGGACCACGUCUGCAACACCUGCUUCGGCGCCGCCUUCUGCUGGCACUGCUGCGGAGAGCACCACCGCGGCCAUGACAGGGUCGUCGACACAGACGAGGAGGUGGAUGGCUGGGCGGCGUCCGUGGGCCACAGGAGGGACUCGUUCUGCAUCGGCUGCCGCGCCGCCUUCUCCUCCGAGCUGUGCGCGCACCACGAGGGCCACGGCCACGGGGUCAUCCCCAUCGACGCGUACGGCGACCGGCACUUCAUGCGGAGCACUGGGUCCGAGCCGUGGUUCUCCGUCUUGGGCGGCAUUGAGACUUACGAGGACGAGGACGGCAACCUGAUGGUGCCCCUGGAGCGGAAGCGGUCGAUGUUCCCGGAGCCAGGCCUGAGGUACUCCACCCGCCGCCACGGCUGACCACCGCGCUGCCGACCGUUGCGAAGCAGUUCUAGGAGAUGGAUGGAUGGAGGUUCGUUAGUUCGUUAGUGAUCGCCCUUGCCUAGCUCUUACGUCGUGUACUGGUGUUGGAUUAAAUCGCCGUGAGGUACUUCGAAACUUCUAGCGAUAGUCCCUCGAAACUAUCCGAAUGUGUCAUCGAUCCGACCCAUUUUGCGUCUGUUAUGGAGUCCUUAGGUAGUUAGAUUUGAAUGUUGAGAUCGUCGGCACCUUUUGAAUAUGUUAAGCAUGCGAAACAAUAUCAAAACAUAUAGGAUGACUUUCCUGUUGAAGUAUAUUGCGUGGACUUCCAUGUUGAAUUGUUCACAUUUUCCUCA